AUGUGGUUCUACGUCUUCAUCGCAAUUCUAUUCGGUUAUACAGUCGUUCUAAUUGCAUUCUUCAUGGGAUGGUGUACUCUGAUGCCGACAAGGUGUCAUCCUCGAAAGGAAAUACCGUUCAGUUCGGUCAAAUCUCCACGACGUAACACAAAGUACAUUGAGAUCGACUCUGUUUCAUCCAGUACGUCUCUGGACAUGUUUAAGCACAUACCGCGAAAGAUCUCAGAGUCACAGUCACACGCCAAGAAGAAAACUUCUUUAGAAGUUCCAUUUCAACCUCACCGAUACAACGACUACCUGCAUCCGAAAUACUCACUACCGCCUGUGAAAAUUGAUAUCGAAGACAUGCAGUGGGAAUACGCGCAACUUCUCAAGACACCAGGUCGAGCUGUUCGCACCAGUGUCAGUCCGUCAUCACGUCAUCCUAAAGAAUCGCGUUCCUGUCCUGAGUUGUGA